UGUGAGAAGGCAUUUAAGGGGUACAGAGGGGGAUACAGUGCGUGGGAGGUAGUGGGGGCAGGUAUACAGCGUGGAGGGUGUACAUUGUUUUGGGAGGGAAUAUAGUGGGAGAGGGGAUACAGUAAGAGCGCGGGACUACAGUGGGAGUCGGAAAGGAUACAGUGCGUGCUGGACUGAGGUAAUCUCUGAUCAGGAGCAUAGACUAUUUCCCAUUGUAAUCGUGAAGAAGAGCAUCUGGUGUGACACUCAGCUGGAUUAGCAGGACUCGCUAUGAACGAGGAGCAGUUUGUUAACAUUGACCUGAGCGACGAUGACAUCUGUGGCGUCUGUAAGCUGGAGACGGCGAAGGAGAUGCUUUCGUUCUGCCAUGUUUGUUUUGAGCUCAGCAUUGAAGGGGUGCCCAGGUCAAGCCUCCUGCACACGGAAUCUGUGCGUGGCCACAGAGAGUGCUUCGAGAAGUAUCACCUCAUAGCCAACCAGGACCUGCCGAGGUCCAAGACGUCAAAGAGCACCUACAAGGAUGUGAAGGAGAUACUGAGCAGGAAGAUCAGCCAGAUAAUUCAGUAUGCCCAGAACCAACCGUCCAGUGCUGACCUGCGGCGCUGUGAGCAGGCGGGGGUCACAGGCCACGACCCACAGCCCAGCUCCCUCAGGACACACUUCCACCAAUCCAACGGGUCCCAGUUGCCCCGUUACUCCCCACGCUGGCUGGAGGUGGGAGUGCCUGGCUACUCGGAAUGCAGGCGGGGAAUCUUGGAGCCGGGGGGGCAGGAUUCUUUCAGUCUGGGUGCAGACGCUGGUGGGCUUCGCAGUGGAGAAGAUCUCCGGUUGACCAGGAAGCAGGGAUUGGGGGAAGAAGGUCAGAGGUCAGUGGAACGUGACGGAGAGGAACCCAAGGGUCAACCACGCUACACACAGGAUGACCUGAGUGACAUGUCGAUGGAAGAUCUGGUCAUGCUGAAUGAUCAACUACUUAAACAGGUCAAAGUGGUCUUUGAAGAUCUGACGCAGGAAUUGGAGAAGAAGGAUUCCCUCUCCUCUGAGCUUCAUGUCCGUUACAUCGCCAUCGAGCAGCUCUUCAAGAACCGUUCCAAACUGCCGUGGCUACAGAUUGGACGCAGGGGCAUUAAAUCCAGUGUGCCCAUUGACAACUAGCUUCCUCCUGCCCAUAGCAAAGACGAACUUCUCAAAAUCCAAUCCCCAACAGUAUAGAAGACUUUAGACCCCACAGGAUGUGGGGAAAUAUUUUGUAUGCAUCUAUAUUUACAGAGCAAAUUUACAGCAUUUUAUGUACGUAUAAAUCAAAUGUGUUUUUUUAAAAGCCAUUUUUGUUUUUAGAAAGCACUCAGUGUUCUCAGAUGUUGUUGGUCUGUGGGAUUUUACUAUGAGAUUUCUCAGUCACACAGCAUUUACCACGGGGCAAGAGGAUCCUUGGCAUUGUAGGUGUCCUUCCCAUGGCAAGAAUCAACCUGACUCUGAAAUGUAUCCUUUGUCAUCACUGGAUCGAAAUCUUGGAACUCUUACACCAGCAUCACUGCAGGAACCCUUUCACUGAAAGGACUGCAGUGGUGCAAGGACAACAUGGGGUUCUGCAGAUGCUGGAAAUGGAGAGAUAUGGUAGAUGACACCAACAGCCAUGUUGAAGUGCUGCCUCAUCUGGAAGGGCUGUUUGGGGCCCUGAAUUAAAGUGAGGUGAAUAGACAUGGUCUUUUUCCCCAGAAAGUGUGUCAGAAACGAGAGAGCACAGGAUGAAAGUCAGAGACGAGUAUUUAAAUGGACAUCGAGGUAGCUUCUUCAGACAAAGGUGGUGCAUAUUGGGAAUGAGCUGCCAGAAGUCAUAACACGUUAGCAAUAGUUAAAAGCAACCAUGUAACAUGCAUACAGUGCUGGAGGGGCUUGGCUUGUCAGGCAGCAUUUGGGGUGUCACGGCAACAGAGCGACGAGUGCAUCACUAUCACACAGCAGGACGUUCUGGAGUUCAGAGUUCAAUUCUGACACCACUCUGUAAGGAGUUUAUGUACAUCCAUCCACUGGAAUGUGUGGGUUUCCCCAGUGCCCUGGUUCCCUCCCACAGUCCCAAGAUGUACCGGAUAGGCUAAUCAGUCACUGUAAAUUGUCCUGUGAUUAGGUAAGGGUUAACCGGGUUUGUCUCUGGUUGCUGGGGCAGUGUGGCUCAAAGGCCAGAAAAGCCCACUCCAAGUGUAUUGCUAAAUAAACCAAUAAAAUCCAGGGUGUGGAAUAAAUCGUCGACAUUUCGGGCUGAGACCCUUCAUCUGGCCUGAUGGGGACCUCAGCCCAAAACGUCGACUGUUCAUUCUUCUCCGUGGAUGCUGCCUGACAGGCUGAGUUCCCCCAGCACUGUGUGUGUGGCUCAAGGAGGUUGCUUCACCCCCUCCCCCCCACCUUCCCGAGGGUCAGAGAGACGGGUAAUGAUGACUCCCCCCGUCACUGCUGCUCACAGUCUGAGAGUUCAUGAAACAAACACAGUGAAUACAGACCGCGAUCUCUUGCACAGUUGAUAGUUCCAUACACAGAGACUUGCUUUCCGUAGGGGAUAGUUUUAUUCAGUUCCUCAUGGGGUGAGUUCACAUCCAGCUAGACUUACCCAGAGCCAAAGUUCAAAGUAAAUUUUAAUCACAAAGUACAUGUAUGUUACUAUAUACAACCUUGAGGUUCAUUUUUCUUUGGGAUCUUCCAGAGUCUGGGUCUGUUCAUAGAUCAGUGGGCACCCCUGGUGCCUCCACUCAGUACGCAGACUGAUGGAGAAACAGUGGUUCAGGCAGCGUCGGUCAUGGGGCAUUACAGCACAGAGGCAGGCCCUGUGGCCCAUCUCAUCUGUGCUGAACUGCUUUUCUGCCUAAUGUGACAGCCACCAUACCCCACCCAUUCACGUACUUACCCAAACUUCACUUGAAUGUUGAAAUUGAGCCUAUGUCCAGCAUCCCCAAUGGCAGCUCCUUCCACACACUCUGGAGGAGUUCCCCUUAAACAUUUCAACUCUAAACCCACGACCUUAGUUUUCAGUGGAAAAGCCUGCUUGCAUAUACUCUAUCUAUACCCCUCAUAAUUCUGUAUACCCUCAUCGAAUCUCCUCUCAAUCUCCUGCGCUCCAGGGAAUGAAGUCCUAACCUAUACCUCAGCUCAUCAAGUCCCGGCAACAUCUUUGUAAAUAUUCUCUGUGCUCUUUUACUUUUGUUGAUGUCUGGUAGGUGACCGGAGCUACACACAAAAUGAGUUGUGCCACCUUGUGAUUCUUGUCCCUCCCUCUAAUGCCAGUGUGGAGACGUCUCUGUGAUGCGCUCUGCAGUCAAACGGUGCACUGUUGCCAUCCUGUGGGUUCAUUAACCCCUGCGUUGUUUUGUAAUAUUCGUUGUAUUUAGCGGGUGGCCUGGUAGCGUAGUAUCAGUGGUCAGGGUUCAAUUCCCACGGCAGUCUGUCAGAACUUUGAACGCUCUCCCCAUGACCACCCACGUUCCAAAGACACACCAGUUGGUCGGUGCAUUGGUCACAUGGGUGUCAUUGGGCAGUGCGGAACAGGCCCUUCGAACCACAUUGCCCAGCAACCCACCUAUUUUACCCUGGCCUGAUCACAGGGCAAUUAGCCUGCUAACUGGUAUGUCUUUAGAGCGUGGGAGAAACGUGAGCACCCAGGUUCUCACAGGGAGGGCUUACAGACCUUCGUAGAGAGGACAUGGGAAUUGAACUCCAAGCUCCAGCACCCCAGGCUGUAAUAGCCUUGUCGCCAUGGCUCUGUGGUUGAGCUGGAAGGGCCUAUUUCUGUGCUGUAUCACUUAGUUUAUUCAGAGACGUAGAACAGUUUUGUACCUGAGCCAGCCCAGCCCGGCUCACCUGUUAGUUUGCUCCCACAGCACAUGGUAACAUACGAGGAACAUCAUUGCCAGCUGUCGCAUCACAUCAUGACCUCCUUCUGAGUGGAGACGGUCCUCCUACUGCUUUGCAAGGGGUAUCAGUCACCUCUUUGGCUGCCAGGGCUAUCUCAUUGACUAGUAGGAUGGGAUGAAUAGCUUCCCCUAACUUUAAUGAUUAGGUAGUGUAGCAGGCAAGGGACUCUCUCUAAAUACUAGCAUUUUUAAUAAACUUCUGAACUUCAGGAUGUUUAAAACAUACAGUGCAGGAACAGGCCUUUCGUCUCACUAUGUUGUGCUAAACACAUUUGGCCAUGUAAUCUAAUUCCUUCUGCCUACACAAUAUCUAUAUCCUUAGAUUUCCCUCACAUCGAUAUGCCUUUCUAAACGUUUCUAAUGUUUCUCAUUUCCCCCACCCCAGACAGCACAUUCCAGGCACCCACCACUUUCAGUGUAAAAAAAACCACUUGCCCUUCACAAAAUUACCCCCCACACCUUAAAUGCAUGCCCUCUGGUAUUAGACAUUUCAACUCUGGGAGAAAGAUAACCCUGUUUGAAGACUCCCAUGCAUUUUCUGAUUUUAAUAUCCUUUAUUUGCAAGUAACAAAGUAGCUUGUUUUCUUUGCCUUCUGUGGGCACAUGUACACAGAGAAACUCAUGUAUAGAUUACAAGCACAAUACUGAUAAUCCUGAUCAAAAUACCAGCAACCCUGGAUUGUGAGAAAGAAAAACUUCGGGCGGGUGAGGGGGUUACUGAUUCAGGUCUGCGCCUUGUCCUGAAAAAAAUCAUUCUUACACAGGUGCUGUCUGUCUGGAGUACGUCCAGCAACGUCUUCAGUUUUAAUCCUUUGUAUUCUUCAGAAUUUUUGAUCUGAAUUUAUAAUGUCUUUUUUAAUAAUUAUGUUUGUGUUACAGGCUUAGUUGCCAGAUACUCAAGUAUUAUAGCCCAAACAAAAAAUCGGUUUGCACUGAAUUUAGUAUAUUCUGACAUUCAUUGAAUGCAGCGUCCUGCAGUGUAGGAUUCGGGGGUUAUUUCGGAGUAUGUUAGAUUUUAGCAGCUUUAAUCGGUUUACAUUGUCUCGGAACGUGGCGCCGCAUCAGGGAUUAUUGAGGUUCAAUUAGCCUGUUUGCCUCACUCUGUACUGUCGGGCUUCUAUUGGCCAUUUCAGUACCAUGUGUUCCCGAGUCCUGCUCGGCACUGGAUAAUUUCUGCUGUACUGCAGCGUCCUCGAUCUUCCCCCUCCUGCGGUCUCUGCUCGCGAGCGCCGCCCAGCGGGAAUGUCCUGCCUUUGGUUAGCCCUGGUUCGGGGUUCCGCUGUGCUUCGGGGCAGUGUCUGCCGUCCUGCUUUGCGUCAGCAAAAGCCAAAGGUAACUUUGCCAAAAUAGAAAGCCCCAGCGGUUUACAGCUCUCCGCCAACAAAACUUUGUGUGUGUUCGGGGAAACUGGAUGAUUUUUUUACUGGAGCAUUCUGUUACACGACCUGCUCUGAGGUUUGCUAAAUGCUCAGAUAAAAUUGUAUUAUUACUCUUCCCCUGCUGGGAGUGUGUAGCAAUUGCAUUUACUGGAACCCUUUUUUACAUUUACAGUGAAUAAAAUGAAACUAUAUAGCGGAGAAUAGAUUUUAAAUAAAGGAU